AUGUCGUUCCUUAAACUGUCGCUCGCGGCCCUCCUGGCUGCCGGCGCUUCGGCCGCGCCCGUCGACGAACCGUACCCGCCGAGCGGCACGGCCGGCGGCAUGGUGGCCUCGAGCUACUUCGCCGGCUUCCACGCCGACGAAGGGUUCCCCGUGUCCAGCAUCCCGUGGGAGAAGUACACCGACGUCAAGUACGCCUUCGCCGAGACGAACCCCGACGGCACCCUGAACCUGUCCAAGGCCGCCCCCGACCAGAUCCCCGGAUUCGUCGCGGCCGCUCAUGCACACAACGUCAAGGCCCUCAUCUCCUUGGGUGGCUGGACCGGAAGUCGCUUCUUCAGCUCCGCCAUUGCGACGCCCGAGAACCGCACCGCCUUCGUCAAGACCGCCUUGGACCUUGUCGCGCAGUACGACCUGGACGGUCUCGACUUUGACUGGGAGUACCCCAACCGCCAGGGCCUCGGCUGCAACGUCAUCAACGCCAACGACACGGCCAACUUCGCCCUCUUCCUCCAGGAGCUGAGGCAGCAGCAGCCCAAGCAGCUGUACCUGACGGCCGCGACCAGCCUGUUCCCGUGGAACGACGCCACCGGUGCCGCCAGCACCAACGGCGCCCUCGCGCCCUUCGCCCAGUCGCUCGACUACCUCAUGGUCAUGGGCUACGACAUCUACGGCGCCUGGGCGUCCACCGGCGGCCCCAACGCCCCCCUCGCCUUCGCCUGCGACCCGCGAAACAACCAGGGCGGCAUCGAGGAGGGCGUCAACAAGUGGAUCGCCGCCGGCAUCCCCGCCGAGAAGAUCGCCCUCGGUGUCGCCGCCUACGGCCACAGCUUCUCCGUCAACUCGACCAACGCCUUCACCGCGCCCGGCGUCCUCAACGCCUACCCGCCCCAGAACAGCAGCAACCGCCUCCAGGGCGGCAGCUGGGACAACGACCCACCGGUCGACGAGUGCGGCAACCCCCAGCCCCACAGCGGUACCUACACCUUCUCGAGCAUGAUCACCGAGGCCAUGUUCCUCGACACGUCCGGCAACCCCAGCGCCGGCAUCGCCAGCGGAUACGACAACUGCAGCCAGACGCCCUUCCUCUACGAUGAGGCCCGCCAGAUCUGGGUCUCGUACGACGACGUCAAGUCCCUGGGCGUCAAGGGCCAGUACAUCCAGUCGAACAAGAUGGCCGGUUUCACCAUGUACGAGACUGGCGGCGACUACAACAACAUCCUUCUCGAUGCCAUCCGCUCUGGCGUGGGCUUGUAA